AUGGCUGCGGCUUUCAAAGGGGAGCUUAGUAAGGUUCUUCGGUUCGAAUAUGGCAAGUCAGAUGCAGCACUGGAGGAUGAGUCGGAUAAUACAUCUCCGCUUGAGGUUGGCCGUCUUCUCCUCAGCUCUUCUUCCAUCCUUGGUUCUAUUGUAUCUAGUGUGAGAUCCUCCCAACCCCUUUCGGUUUUAAAUUGUGCAAGCGCCAGUCGAUUCUGCAGUUUCCGAGCCAUCUAG